AUGGUCCCAGGUCCAGCAAAGACAGUGGCAGGGCCAAGGUCAAGCCACUAUGUACUGCAGCCGUCGUCGCCAGGCUCUUAUGAGCCGCUCUGGCGCUGUGCUGUCAAAGCCAAUCCCAAUUUUAUUCACACGUUAGAUCCGUCUCAUGUGUUCUCGGGCUGUGGGGGCUUGUCGGAAGGAUUCCACCAAGAAGGCAUGCUGGAGACACUGUGGGCCAUUGAAAUGUGGGAACCGACUGCCCAGGCCUUCCGGCUGAACAACCCGGGGUCCACAGUGUUCAUGGAGGACUGCAACCUCCUGCUGAAGCUGGUCAUGGCCGGGGAGAAGACCAACUCCUGUGGCCAGAGGCUGCCUCAGAAGGGAGACGUGGAGCUGCUGUGUGGCGGGCCGCCCUGCCAAGGGUUCAGUGGCAUGAACCGCUUCAACUCUCGCACUUACUCCAAGUUCAAGAACUCGCUAGUGGUCUCCUUCCUCAGCUACUGUGACUACUACCGCCCCCGCUUCUUCCUGCUGGAGAAAGUGCACAACUUCGUCUCCUUCAGCUGA